AUGAAGGCCACAGUCAUUGCAACCUUCUUUGGUGUGUUUCUUAUGUGUACAUACGCAGCUAAGGAAGCCACAAAGAAGACGAAAAAGGUGAGGUUAUAUUCUGAUGUACCCCAGAUCGAUUGCGAUGUCAAAGCAGGGAAGAUAAUCAAUCCAGAAUUCAUUGCAAAGUGCCCUCCUGGAUGUCAAGAUGUAAAACACCGUGUUUAUGGCACAGACAUCUAUGCUUCCUUUUCCAGUGUGUGCAAUGCUGCAAUUCACAGUGGUAUUAUUGACAACACAGGUGGGAAGGUCCUCGUCCAGAAAGUCGCCGGCCACUCCGGUUACCACGGGAGCUUCUCCAACGGGGUCCGGUCCCUGUCACUGCCGCGCUGGAGGGAGUCCUUCCUCGUGUCAGAGGGCAAGCCAAGAAAAGGUGUGACAUAUCCAUCAACUCUUGAAUAUGCUUCUUCAAAGAGCACAGCUGUUAAAUCAGAGCCUAAAAAGCCAGAACAAGACCUUAAAGCUACGAAGAGUGCAGAUACCGCUCAUGCAUCCGAAAAAGCAUCAGAACAAGGUGACACCGUCCGCAAAGAGUAUCAGACGUCCCCAGUGCCGACACCAGCUACCCAAAUGGCCACCACAACACCAACACCAACAACCACAACAACGGAUCCUUCCACCACAACGCCAAAGCCAACCACAACACCUGCAACAACCAGAACCACAACAGUUGCAGCUGCAGCCAAGACUCGACCUGGACUGCACAGGGUCAGAGAUAUAGGUUCUAGCAGCAUCCACCCAGCAUACUCAUCUGUGGUAGCUGCAGCAUCAAGACAGGUUCAGGCUGCACAAGGAGGAGGACAGAAUACAGUAUUCAGGGGCACUUCCACCUCUGCAAGUAAAAGGAAUAUUUUACGACCCAAUACAGGUAUCCAGCGCCAAGAGCCCGCUGCCACCUUCCGGAGGGCUGCCGGCUCUCCAGCCCACCUGGCAAUGGAAACAGACAUUUGGAAACCUGGAUUGAGCAUUUUUGACACAGGCUUCAGUUCACAGGACGAAUUGAAUCCGAAGCCACUGGAGUCCGUCUCCCAGGGGAACCCAAAUUGCAAGGUUGAUUUGUCCUUCUUGAUGGAUGGGAGCUGGAGCAUUGGUAAACGCCGCUUUCAGCUCCAGAAGCAGUUCCUCGGUAACGUGGCUCAAGCUCUCGGCAUCGGCAGCACUGGUCCUCUGAUGGGCAUCGUUCAGUACGGUGAUGACCCUUCCACAGAAUUUAACUUAAAAACUUAUGCCAACUCCAAGGACCUAAGAAACGCCAUUGAGAAAAUCCCACAGAAAGGUGGACUUUCCAAUGUUGGAAAGGCACUUUCGUUCGUUAACAAAAACUUCUUUUUGGACGCUAAUGGAAACCGAGGUGGAGCGCCCAACGUGGUGGUAGUGAUGGUGGAUGGGUGGCCGACCGAUCGAGUAGAAGAGGCCUCCAGGCUGGCCAGAGAGUCAGGGAUCAACAUUUUCUUUGUCACUAUUGAAGCAGCUGCUGAAAGUGAGAAGCAGAAUGUUAUCGAACCAAACUUUGUGGACAAGGCAGUGUGCAGGACAAAUGGCUUCUACUCCAUCAACGUGCCCAGCUGGUUCAGCCUGCACAAGGUGGUCCAGCCCUUGGUGAAGCGGGUCUGCGACACCGACCGGCUUGUCUGCAGCAAGACGUGCCUCAAUUCAGCUGACAUCGGCUUCGUGAUCGACGGCUCCAGCAGCGUCGGCACCAGCAACUUCCGCACAGUCCUCCAGUUUGUGGCCAACAUCAGCAAAGAGUUCGAGAUUUCGGACACCGACACCCGCAUCGGAGCUGUUCAGUACACCUACGAGCAAAGGCUCGAGUUCAGCUUCGACAAGUACAGCACAAAGCAGGACGUGCUGAGUGCUAUUAAAAGGAUCAGUUACUGGAGCGGUGGGACCAGCACGGGAGCAGCCAUCAGCUACGCCUCAGAGCAGCUGUUCAGCAGAUCCAAGCCCAACAAGAGAAAGAUCAUGAUUCUCAUUACAGACGGCAGGUCUUACGACGAUGUCAGAGUGCCGGCCAUGGCAGCUCACCAAAACGGAAUUAUAUCUUACUCCAUCGGAGUUGCUUGGGCAGCCCAAGAUGAACUGGAAGCCAUCGCAACAAACCCUGAUAAGGAGCAUUCCUUCUUCGUGGAUGAAUUUGACAACCUCUACCGCUAUGUUAAUCAGCUCAUCCAAAACAUUUGCACAGAAUUUAAUUCCCAGCCACGGAAUUGA